GCUGAACCUCCUCAUGCGCAGGCGCAAUGUCACAUCCGACUGACUGUCGUAAACAAACCCACGAUCUGGUGCAGGCUUGAAUGUACAGUGAUUUGCUUAUUUGUAACAGCUUUUUCAGCAGUUAAUCCGCAUGUAGGCUUAUACUUUGUUUUCUGCUAUGUCACAAUUUAAUAGGUGACGAAAUAUCUGCACACUGUCCCUGGGGUAUCCUGUUAUUUAGACGGCUAAAGCUAGCUGGAGUUAGCUCAAAGUUGAAAAAGAACUGUGACAAUCUAGGCAGCCAGGGCGACAAGUCGAGCAUAUUAUGCCUCAAAUGUCAACUUCUUAAAUCCUGUAUGCCUGCCUAUAUUUACAUUCGGAGUUAGGUUUUCGAUUGGGGCGUUAACUGAAUUGCCAUGGGCAUGGCGAGUCGUAUAGAGUGCGUCUUCUUCAGUGAGUUUCACCCUACUCUCGGCCCAAAGAUCACAUACCAGGUGCCGGAGGAGUACAUCUCUCGCGAGCUGUUCGACACUGUGCAAGUGUAUAUUAUUACCAAGCCAGAACUACAAAAUAAACUCAUCACUGUGACUGCCAUGGGGAAGAAGCUAAUUGGGUGCCCGGUAUGCAUUGAACAUAAAAAGUACAGCCGCAACGCUCUGCUCUUUAACCUGGGUCUUGUUUGUGAUGCACAAAGUAAGACGUGUGCCCUGGAGCCCAUAGUUAAGAAGCUCUCUGGGUACCUGACCACCCUGGAGCUGGAGACUGGCUUCAUAUCCAAUGAGGAGUGCAAGCAGAAACUCCUUCCUAUAAUGUCCACGCUAUUAGAAGAGCUCAACGCGACCGGAGCAUGCACCUUACCAAUUGACGAGUCCAACACGAUACACCUGAAGCUCAUAGAGCAACGGAAAGAUCCACCUAUUGUACAAGAAUACGAUGUUCCUGUGUUUGCAAAAGGCAAAGACCACUUUAUCAAAUCCCAAUGGGACCUGACCACUCAGCAGAUCCUGCCCUAUAUUGACGGGUUUCGACAUAUUCAGAAAAUCUCAGCUGAGGCAGAUGUUGAGUUAAAUCUCGUUCGCAUAGCGGUUCAAAAUCUCCUGUACUACGGUGUUGUCACCAUGGUCUCAAUAUUCCAGUACUCCAAUGUGUACUGCACAACCCCCAUAGUCCAGAGCCUCAUAGACAACAAGUCCAUUCAGGAGGAGUGCCUGAGAUACGUCACAAAGCAAGGUCAGAAGCAGGCCAAUCUCAGAGACGUGUUUCAGCUGUACUGUGGUCUGACCCCCGGCACGACGGUUCGAGACCUUUGCUCUCGUUACUCACCCCAGCUUCAGAGAGUGGACGAGAGGAGGCUCAUUCAGUUCGGCCUGAUGAGGGGGCUGAUACGAAGACUGCAGAAGUACCCUGUGAAGGUGUGUCGGGACGAGAAGAGCCAACCCCCGCGGCUGUACACCGGCUGUCACAGUUAUGAUGAAAUCUGCUGUAAAACAGGAAUGAGCUACAAAGAACUGGAUGAACGGCUUGAAAAUGACCCGAACAUCAUUGUGUGCUGGAAGUAGCUGCAGACACACAAACACUGGAUGGAUCUGCCUUCUUUAGAACUGCCCUGAUCAAAAAAGUUGUCCCCCAAAGACCAUUGAAAAGCCUUACAUCAUACUUGUGAAGUGAUGUUAAAAGUUAGAAGGAUUUUAUAAAUUAAUUGUAUUGUAUGUGAAUUUAUUUUCAGUACAUUUAGUUUGUAGCUGCCUGGUUCACUUGAAAAGUUGUCUGCCUAAUAAAGCAAACAAGCAGGA